GAGGCGGUAGCUGGAGCGGGGGCGGGCAGCGAGAGGAGGAGUUCAGGGGCCGGCGCGGAGGCAAGGCAGCAGCCGGAGCUGGCCGGGAUGGCAGACAGCGACCCGCAGGGCGUGCAGGACCUCUCGCAGUUUGCGGAAAACCUACUACAGCAGCUGCAGGAGAAUUUUCAAGCUUUGACUGAUAAGUUAACUCUGAGAAUGGAAGAAAUGGGUGAACGUAUUGAUGACCUUGAGAAGCAUGUCAGUGACCUAAUGACACAGGCCGGGAUAGAAAAUACUAAUAAAGAGUGAGAUGCACUGAAAAUAAGAACAUAAUUAUCAAGAAAUACAGACAGAAUCUGUAUUAUAUUCUAUCUAGAAUGAGGAAGAAUGUCAAUUACAAACAGGAAGCAUAUUUCUACAAAAUUCAAGUG